UCCGGCCACGCCACAUUCCUGCUUGUCCCCAGCGGUGACCCGGGCGUGUUUGUCACCUGAAGUGCCCCCAGAGUGUCCCCGGAGAGUCCCCAGAGUGUCCCUGGAGCGUCCCCAGGGGCCAUGGAGCCCCUCGAGCUGUCCCUGGCCCUGCUGCAGCCACAGGUCACCGUGGUGGCCACCCUGGGCGAGCUGCUGGCCACGCUGCCUGGGCGGGAUGAGAUGAUGCGGCUGUUCGUGUCCUCAAAGUGCCCAUACUGGGACCUGGAGGAAUUCACCAGGGUGCUCCGGGCCACCAUCAAGCACAUCGAUGACACCUGGUGGUGCCGAAAUGUCACCUUCGAUGAUGAUGACCCUGUCACCUCCAUGAGCUGGGCCAUGGCUGCCUACAAGAGCACCUCAUGGACCGCCUGGGAAUGUGCGAAAACGGCGGCCAUCGUGUGGCAGGCGUCCUUGGAUGUGCUCAUGGAGAGGUGGGUCGAGCUGGCCAGGAAGGCCACCAAGCUCCGCAACGCCUGGUGGGAGGUGGUCAGUGAGGCGGCCGACAUGGCGAUCACCGCCACCUCCUUGGCAAGCUCCCUGCAGGAGGAGGUUGCCCGUUACGGGACAGCGCAGGAAAACAAGAUGGAACUGGGUCAGGCCCUGGGCAGGCAGGAGGGGGCCGAGGUGGUGGACACGCUGGAAGCCCAGAUGAGAAGACAGGCCAAGGAGGCUGUCAGUGAGGCAACAAGGACCACCAGGAUGAGACAGUGGGUGGAGGUGGCCCUGGGGCUGCUGGAGCGCUUGGUGGCCGUGUGUGACGAAGCCACCGCAUUCCCCUGGGAGCUGCAGUGCAUGGUUGGGGACAUCGAGGCCACCCUGGAGGGGACAAAUGAGAUGUCCCCUGAUGUCCCUGAGGACUUUGUGGCCAAGGUGGCUGAGGCUGAGUGGCUGUGGGAGGCCAAUGCCCGCCUGGCCAAGGAUCACCUGCUGGGGACAGUUGAUGACAUCAUCAAGUUCUAUUUCGAUGGUGCUCCCGCCAGCCCCACUGCCUGUGGGGUGGCCAAGCGGUGCCUGAGAGCCAUCGAGGACAUCCCAAGGCUCCUUCGACCCCAGGAGUGUCCCCAAGGUGUCCCCAAAGUGUCCCCACUGAGCGUGGAGCUCCAAGAGGUGCAAUGGGGAUCGUAUAAAUCUUUCGCCUUUUACUAA